AUGAUCGAGAAUCUGGGCAAGUCCGUAGCUUUCGCCUCGGAUGGCAAGGAGGUCCGCGAACAGGAGGACAAUGUCGAUAAUGAGCGCAACAUGGGGAGUGCCAGACGGUUCAUCGUCGACUCGUUCGACGGAGUGAGCCAGCCCCACCCUCGACGAGCGAGGUACAGCGAUACUGUGCUCCACGGCCGUCUGUCCCGCCUCCUGACGGUCGUCGCCUGGGGCUACGUCUUCCUCACGUGCUUCCAGCUGCCCGAGUGGUGCACGCUGCCCGUCAGUUCCACGGGCCUGCAGGGAUUGAGCCAUGGCCAUGCAUGGUGCAAGGUUGCCAAGGGCCCCUACCCGACCAUCAACCCCCCCUUCGUGUCGCGCUCCACCGGCGUGAUCCUGGAGCUGUGCAUCCAGUCCGCCCUCGUCUUCGGCCUGUAUCUGCGCUGGAGAGCCCACGGGCGGCAGCUGUACGGCGACAAGUUGCGGGUCGCCUAG